AAUAUAUUUAUGUAUACUAAAUCUACAAAAUAGAGGGCACUACAAUAUAAUAAACGUGAUUAGAUUAUAAAGCGAACUCUGUAAGGACAUAAGUUCAUGGCGGUCAUCCAGGUUUUGAAAAGUAGAAAUUUUUGAGGAACUUGAAAAUGUAAGUUGUCUUCUCCAUUUCUAAGUCAAGAGUUGACAGAAAAUCUGGACCAAUGUUGAAGCAAAUGCAGAUGGGCCUCCGUGCUUUUUUACUGUUGGCAUCAAAAAUUUGGAAUUUUAUUUGCUAUGUUUUACGCAAACAAACGAGAGCGAUAAUUCAACAUCAGUCAGUGAAAUAUGAUAUCUUACCCCUUUCACCGUUAUCUAGACAUAGAUUGAAUUUAGUAAAGAGAAAGAUAAUGGUUUUAGAUUUGGAUGAAACGUUAAUACAUUCACAACACGAUGGAGUUAUAAGGAAUAUGGUGAAGCCUGGAACCCCAACGGACUUUGUUUUAAAGGUCACAAUAGACAGACAUCCAGUUCGUUUCUUUGUUCACAAAAGACCUCAUGUUGACUAUUUUCUUGAUAUUGUUAGCCAUUGGUAUGAACUUGUGGUAUUUACAGCCAGCAUGGAAAUAUAUGGUGCAGCAGUGGCUGACAAGCUGGAUAAUAACAGAGGAAUUCUAAGAAAACGAUAUUACAGACAGCAUUGCACAUGUGACUGUGGUAGCUACACCAAAGACCUCUCGGCCAUUACGGAGGAUUUGUCGAGUAUAUUUAUUUUGGAUAAUUCCCCUGGAGCCUACAGAGCAUAUCCAGGUAACGUCUAA